GCAAAUCAAGACUGCGUCCAUUUGUUUCUGUCAUUGGACUGAAAUAAUUCAGUCCUCUUCUUACAACGCACAAUGCGGGUUUGCACGAUAUUUUUGGUGCUGUUCUGUGUGCUCCACAUUUCAAAUUCAAAGCCAUUUUUAUUUGUCGUUGACCACAUCCAAAAACACUUCGAGAAUAAGUUCGCAAAGCUGCAUGAAAUUUUCAAUGGUAAAAGUGAAGCUGAGUUUGUAACGGAUAACACGAAACCUAAUUCCGAUAAUAAGGAAAAUACUAGUCCCGAUAAGGACGUAAAGAGGAAGUUCUUAAACACACUUAUCAAGCUUUGCAAAUCAGAAACAGGUAACGGAAAAAAUCCCGGCUUAGACGCUUCUCUUGGGGAACAAAAAAUCCGUAAUUUAAAUACGAUCACGAACAACAUCAGCAUGCCGGAAAUUAUUUUACCACCGAUUACGGUUGUCAUCGUGAAGGAUCAAAAGGCGCUGGAGAAAUACCAAGAGAAAUCUAAAAACGCGACCAUAAUAAUCCGACCUGCUAGCCGCACUAAAGAUGCCAAGCCUGCCUUCAGAUCGAGGUACGAAAAAAGGACGCAGAAAGGAUUGCCUGCGGACGUUAAGAAGUGCGUCCUCAUGAAAAUCAAAGAACUUAAUGUAAUCAGAGCGUAAACGCACUUUCUAAAUUUAAAAUACACAUACAGGCUAAAA